UAUUUAGAAACAAACCCAUGCGGUUUAGUUUUUUAGUUGCUUUGAAAAUCCUAAAACAUGUAGCCCAUAUGUGUCUUCAGAUAAUAGUUAUAUAAUCCUCUUAGCCAUUCGAUUAGAUUUAUUGUAUUUGAAGUUGAAUGGUUUUGUUUUUUCUUCAUUUAAUUAUGUAUGAUCUCCAUGAAUGUGAUGUUCUCUAAUGUACAUCGAAUGCCAAACAUCUGUCUAAUCAGUUGUUUAGUGUCUUGUAAGGUACUUACUACUGGUUAAACAUAUGGUCUCAAACAACGUAAUUCUGUGGUUGAGACUUAUAUUAAUUAUCAAGAAACAGGCUGUUAAGUUUGGCCUACAUUUUAAAAUGUGUGAUAAUGGUUAUCUGAUGGAAUAGUACACCAGACAAGGCCACCUGAACACCCACAUGAUUUUGUUUCUAAAAACAUGAAUCAAAAGCAGUCAGCAAUGUGAUAUGUCCUCAGCUUGAAGCUAUAAAACUUGCUCAAUUCUUCAUUCUCAACCAAUAACUUCUAAAUUCCUCAUCAUCACAGCUCAAUCAACUUCUCACCUUUGAGAAAAAUUGAAAACUUUUUUCUAAAUCAGAAAACAGACUACGAAAUGAUCAGUACAAAGAAGCUAAUUAAAAUGGCGAGGAAGUGGCAAAAACUAGCAGCUGCGAGCAGGAGAAGAAUUUCCUGGUCAAGAAAAGUCGCAGAAAAGGGUCACUUUGUAGUCUACACAAGUGAUAGCAAACGAUUUAUGAUUCCUUUGACGUAUCUUAAAAGUGAGAUUUUCAUGGAGCUUUUUAGAAUGGCAAAGGAAGAGUUUGGAGUAGCAGCUUCAGGGCAAAUUAUGUUGCCCUGUGAUUCAAGUUUCUUGGAGUAUGCAAUAUCUAUGAUCCAGAGACAUGUAGCUAAGGAUUUGGAAAUGGCACUGAUUAUGUCCUUGAACACCUGCAGAUAUUCCGUAUUGUUAAAUGACCUUCAAGAACAAUAUAACCAACAAAUGUUGAUUUGUAGUUUUUAAUACUAACAUUACUUAGUCUUAUGUACAUUAUAGGUAGUUCAUAGUUGUACAAUUUGAUAAGAGAAAUUGAAUAGAAGUCUCAGAAGAAUUUUAAAUCUAACA